ACAGGAACCGCUCGGAAACUCCUCAUUGACUUUUUGGUACAUUCUCAAGGAUUCCUGAAACAUCUUCAAGGACCCUUUGUGGCUUCCUUGGUGACCUCUGGUACCUUGUCAUUUGCACCCCAAGGACUCCAGGACUCGACGAUUUAAAUGUGAAUGAGCAUUCUCUCAGGUGUUUCUUUUUUGGGGCGCGAAUCGUUGCAUCUGAUUGGUCGAUAUUUCUGACUUUUUGUUUUUCCCAUAUACGACACACACAGUGAAUUGAGUGUGUGUGUGUGUGUGUGUGUGUAUGUGUGUGUGUGUGUGUGUGUGUGUGUGUGUGUGACCGUCGUCGGGGGAGACGGCAAUAAGAAUGUGUGACAUCACAGCGCUCUGUCUUAUAUAUAAGCGUUGGCGAGCAGUUCGACCACAGACCCGUCCUAACACAGGACAGACACAAACAAACCAAACUCCAGUCAAAAAAACCUUUUACAACAACGCCUGACACCAAUAAUCAAUCGUUUUUAUUGGAGAAAAAAAAAUUCUGAUUGAAAACUUUUUGAGCAGGUCACAUGACUGAGCGACGAGCAGCAGGAUCUUCUGGAGUCUGUUGGGAUUUUUGUUUUUAGUCUGGAUUUUUGUUGGAAUAUUGUUUCUUCUUCUUUCUGCAUCAAUGGCUUCUUCAUCGUCCUUCUCAUCUUUUGUUCCUCUCCUCAUCCUCCUUGCUGUCGCCGUGGAGUCGAGGCCAUCACCUGAGCAAGACAACAAACAGGUGUUACACUCUCUGUUCGGCUCUCAUCUCUCUUCCAUCAUUUUGGCUUCGCCCACCUCUGAUGAUGUCACAGAGGGCUCGUCCGGAUACGCCGCCCCCUCUUCCUACUCAUCAUCUCCCUCCGCAGGAUUGGCUGUUAGUCGCGGUGCUGCGAGGGUAUUGACUGGAAAGAAGGAAGCGGUCCCUCGGUUCUUCCUCGAGUUCCUGCAGCGGCAGGCCAAGACAAGGAGGCGGAGCCGGAAGUCGAUGGUGGGAGGAAGAGGAUGCUUCGGGAUGAAGAUGGACCGCAUUGGCUCCAUCAGCGGGCUGGGCUGUUAGAGACGCUGAUGUCGCCGCGGUGACGUCUGUUGGUCUUCCAUGAUGUCGCCAUUGGGGAGACCAUCUCACCGAAAACACUGACCUCAGGGUUACUGUGGUAAUGCCCAGACCCUACAUGACCUCUGACCUCCAGGCUCAACUGGUCCAGCAGUCGGAGACUCCAUGUUGGAACUUUACUAAUGAAAGAAAGAAACACCUGACGUAGUGAGGUGGACACAGGUAGACAUCGAUCCUACCAAUGACCCCUGACCCCUGGCUACAACACAGCCAGCAGUAAACUCUGUGUGCGUGCGUGCGUGUGUGUGUGUGUGUGUGUGUGUGAGACGACCCUGCAGGUGUGUGUGACUGUUUGUGGAACAGCUGCAGUAAAUAAA